CGAGGAUACGAGACUGAUGGGGACUGGACCAAAAUGACUUUUUGUUUUGGUUUUCUACAAUGAAAGCGGUGCGUAAAUGUCUGCGCACCGUGCGUAAAAGUCGGCGACCCAAAUUGGAUUAGGCGAAAAAAAUCUUUUUGUGUUUUUUUUCCCUCAGAAAGUUUAAGUACAAGUUUUUUUGUAAUGGACACAUGCUUCUGAAGGACGCUGCCUUGCUACUUUGAUUUGGAUCCGCGCCAUGGCUUACUCGCAGCUGGGAUAUUCCUACUCCACCACACCGCAGUUUCUGAUGACCUCGGGCCUGGCCGGUUGUCUGGAGGCGGGGUCCCCUGCGUCAUCCCACACGGUGCUGCGCUCCCCGGGCCACCAGCCCACCCCGGGCGCAGGCAUCGGUGUGUGCAGCCCCUACCCGAAGCGCCAAGGCUACUACAACACCUGUGCCGGCGACGCCAGCCCUCUUUAUUGCAGAGGCGCAGGACUCGAACCCAAAAGUGUGGCUGCGUCUGUGCACAGCAUGGGAACAACUCAGGCGUCUACAUACUACCCUUAUGAAUACACAUUUGGACAUUAUUCUUACGACAGAUAUGGGUAUUCCUCGUCCGAAGGAGUUUCGCGGCGUAAAAAUGCCACCCGGGAAACCACGGGCACCCUGAAGGCUUGCUGCAGGAGACAGAAGAACCCUUACCCGACCAAAGGGGAGAAGAUCAUGCUUGCCAUCAUCACCAGAAUGACACUCACCACAGGUGCGUCUAUGCAGGUGUCCACGUGGUUUGCCAACGCUCGCAGAAGGCUGAAGAAAGAGAACAAGGUGACGUGGUCGCCGCGAGCGUGCAAAAGCUCGGACGACAGAGGCCGCGAUGAAGACAGCGACGGAGCAGAGAAGUCUCAAGGUGACAAAGAUCAUCCAGAUCGACAGUCUGCAGAUUUGCAAAGCGAUCUUGAAGACUUCGACCUGCUGGAGUCGACUGUGUCCGACUGUGAGCCGAAGCCGCGGUUUCUAUCAGAGGAUGGCGAAGUGGAUCCAAACAUCUCGCGUGGUCACCUGGCGUGACCAGAGUCCGAGAGAUUAUCUCCAGACUUUCCCAAACUUGCAACGGUCCACGACCAGACCGCCACCUUUUAUCCAAUCCCAGAUGCGCAGAGGACGGACACCAAACCCAAAAUCUGGUCCAUUGCCCGCACUGCUGUGUCUUUGGACCCCGACCUGGAGCCUGAAUACCCGCCCUGCAUGCUGUCAUCCACGGGUUCCUCCUCUCCUGGCUUUCCGUCAAAUAUGGCGGAGAGGAAGCAGGAAUCCCCGGUGGCUACUCUAAGGGAGUGGGUGGACGGGGUCUUCCAUGGGCCGCCGUUCCAACAGCUCAAACCAGCCACGGCGUGGAAAGAUUUGAGCGACGUGACGUCGGACAGCAGAACGCCAGGACAACCUUUUGAACUUGUAAGAUCCACGACGUCUUUGUAACCCGACCAACAAAUCUAUUUUAAAACGACUUCAUAGAUCAAAGUUUAUAUUUCGAUGUUGUGACCGAUUGACUGUUCACCGCACUGGUAUUGUGUCACCUGGUGAUCUCACUUCUUGGCCAGAGACAGUUUACACUCCGUAUUGUUCAUCAUUUGAUUCAUAUUCCUCACAAUAACAUAAAUGCUAUGAGAUUAUUAA